AUGAUUAACGCAAAAUUUAAUUUUUUAAGUCCUUUAAUAAUUCUAAUAAUUAUAAAUAAUUUUAAUAAAAAAAAAGAAAAAAUAUAUAUUUCUUUUUUUUUAUAUAUUUAUUUAUUUAUUACUUUUUUUUACUUUAAAAAAUUAACGUUCAUAGAAACUUACCAAAUAAGCCAAGUAAAAAUUUUUAAUAAUGAUUUUGUUAAUAUCGUAAAAAAUGGGAGAAAAAAGAAAAAAAUUCUCUUUAGAUAUAAAAAUAUUUCUGCACACACAAAAAAAGGAAAGGAGUCAUAUAUAAAAGAGGAUAACUAUAAAGAUAUAAAAAAUAUAGAAAAUAAUAAAGUAAGAAAUAUAAGAAAAAUUAACACUAAUAACUAUUUCAAUUCUUUAUGCCACAGUAAUGCAUUAAUUAAGUAUAUAGAUGAGAAUGUAAAUUUUAAUGAUGGUGUAAUAAAUUAUUUUGUAUUAAAUUCCAAUCCAAAUAUAAAUUUUUUAGUUAAUAAUAUAAAAGAAAAAAAAGUAUGUAAUACAAAUAAAAAAAAAUUAAGUGAUAAGAAUUAUAAUAAUGAAAGCAUACUGAGUGAAAUACAAAAAUACAAUAAUAAUAUAGAGAAUAAUAAUAUCAAUAAUAUAAAAAAUGAAAAAAUACGAUUAAAACUUAAAAGGGGAUAUAUGAAUGAAAUCUAUGAUAAAGAAAAAAGAAAGUUAAAUAAUAUACUGCUUUCUUUAAAGGAUAAAAGUAUAUUUAAAAAAAAUAAAAAUAAAAUAAAAGAAAAUAUAUUAUUAUUAAAUGGACAAAUUGUUAAAACAGAAGUGAUAAAGCAAUAUUUAUUUCAUAAAUUAAGAUUAGAAUAUUAUGAAAGUAUAAGGGAUCAAAAAAAAAUUUUAACUUUAGAUUUGUGGUCAAAAGAAAUCAAUGUUUCUGUUGAUAAUUUAAAAAAGUUAAUCAUAUACAUCUAUAAAAUGAAAAAUUUAGUACAAAAAGAAGAUGAGGAUUUAUUAGUUAAAACAUAUUUUUAUAACAAAACUAAUAUGUUUACAUUAUUUAGAAAUAUUAAUGGUGAUAAUAAUAUAACAUAUGAUUUUAGCAUAACAAAAGAAAUUACAAAUGAUGAUAAUAAAGAAAACGAAGAGAAAAAAGAAGAAAAAAAGAAAAAAAAGGUAAUAAAAGAAAUUCAUGAAAAACAUAAAGAAUUGAAUUCAAAAACUUACUGUUGUAAUAUGGAAUCUCAAUCAGGAUAUGAAAAUAACAAAGAAAAUAUAAUUUACAAGAAUAAUGAACAAAAUAAAGAUUCAGAAAUGGAACAAAUAAAUGAAGAAAAACAAGAAUUACCAAAUAUAGAAGUAAAAAAAAAAUAUAAUAUUUUUGAUGAUUAUUUUGAAAAUGCAAAAACACCUCUCUAUAAUGAUUGUGAAAAUUUAAUAAAUACAGAAGUGCAGAAAUUUAUAGAAUGCAUUAAAGAUAUUGUUUUUUUUGAAAAUUCUAUUUAUAUGCUUGAAAAAUUAGAAAAUAGACCUCCAUUAAUGGAAGAAUUAAUAUAUGCUUAUAAUUAUGAUAAAGAAAAUUUUUUAAAAGGUUUAGAAAAUAAAAUAAAAUUAUCUCAGAAAUUACUUAUAUAUUUCAUACCUCUAAUAAAGAACAUUGUAAGAAAAGCAGAAGCAAAUUUUAGUAGUAAUUUAAGUGAAGAAGAUUUUUUACUAGUUAGUUUAGAAUCAGUCAAAAAUGGAUUCAAAAAAUAUGACAUAGAAAAAUUAGGAAUAAAAAAUUUAACCAAAUAUGUUUAUAUAUGGGCAAAAAAUAGUACAUAUAAUUAUUAUCAAAAACACAAGUCUUUUAUAUCUAUUUCACCUCAUACGUAUAAGGAUUAUAAUAAAAUAAAAAAUUUUGAAGAAGCCUUUUUAGAAAAAAAUAAUAGAAAGCCAAAUAUAAAAGAAAUAAGUGAAGGAUUAAAAAUGAGUAUAGAAAAAGUAGAAAAAGUGCUAUCUUCUACAGUAAAUAUUAUAGAUGCAGAAAAGCCUAUUGUUUAUCAAAAUAAAAAUUCAGAAAAUCCGGAAAAAAAUACAUAUAAAGACUUAAUAGUUAAUUCAGAUGAUAUUCACAGCUUUAAUGAAAUUAUGUACAAUGAUUUAGUAAUAAAAGGAUUAAGAAAUUUUAUCUGUAAAUCAAUAAAAAAAAAAAUUAAUAAAUUAAUUAUAUUUAUGAAAUUUGGUCUUUUUUUAAACAAAAAAAUUUACACCGAUGAUGAGACAUGCGAAACUCUUAAAAUUAGCAAAAAAAAAUUUCAAAAGUAUUUUCAAGAUUCAAUGAGUGAAAUUAAAAAUUUUAUAAAACAAUUAAAAAAAAAUAAAUCUCAAUUAGACUCUAACUUUGAUUUUGCUUCUUACAUAAGUUUUUCUCAAUAUGAUUUUUUAGGAAAUGAAUUUUCGCAAAUUACUGCUUAG